CGUUUUUCCACGCUCUAUAAAAAGAUUAAAAGCAAAAGUCCACAAAGCACACGAUCCCAUAAUGGAAGAAACAGCAACAGCAACGGCAACCAUCAUGGCUGCUCUGGCCACCCUCACCCCACCCCAACUCUCACAUCUCACCCACACCAUCCUCUCCCACACCCACCACCACCACCACCGUCUCUCCUCCCUCCUCUCCUCCCCCAUCCUCUUCUCUCUCACCCUCCACCGCCUCAACUCCCUCCCCCUCCCCCACAAGACUCUCCUCAUCGCCAACCACCUCCUCUCCUCCCUCUACCACCUCACACUCCACUUCCACCCUUGCACCAAUCCACCACCGCCACGCGUCGUCAGAAAAAGAGAUCUCGACUCCGUCCUGCUCCUCCUCUUACUCUGCGAAGUACACCAGCACAACCCGGAAGCCCUCCAAGCACCAACUAUAAAAUGGCGCGAAAUUUUAAGCAAGUUGUACUCCGACAACAUGCUAACAGUUUCCGGCAUCGGAGUCUACAACGGGUCGGCUUUGGUUUCUUAUAUUGAGGUGCUGACGAGGUGCUUGAGAUUUGUCAGCGUGAUGGGCUUUUGCUAUGGCGGGAAGGCAGGGAGAGAAGUAGCGGCAUCACCAGCAGCGGUGGUGGCGCUGCCGUCGGUGAAGGUGAGCAGCGGCGGAAGCGAAUGCAUGAUAUGUAAAGAAGAGAUGAGAGAGGACAGAGACGUGUGUGAACUGCCGUGCCGGCAUUUGUUUCACUGGAUGUGUAUUUUGCGGUGGCUGAGGAAGAGGAACACUUGUCCGUGCUGCCGGUUUACGCUUCCCACGGACGAUGUGUUCGGGGAGAUCCAACGGCUGUGGGAGAUUUUGGUUAAGAUGGGUGAGAAGGAAUUAGUGUAGCAUGAUGGUGAUCAUCACCGUGUGCACGUGUGACAAUCAGAGUGGAAUUCUGGAUUUUAUUUCUUGGCUGUGAAGGGGUUGUGUGGAUUUGCAUGGAUGUGAUGAAUGAAUUGCAGAGGAUCACACAUAAUACUGGAUAUGGACACAUGUGGUUUAGGUUAUAGGCAUAUAUAUAUGUAGCUAAAUAAAUAAGAGUAAGAGAGAGACAGAGACAGAGACAGAGAGAUAUUUGAUGCAAUUAAUUACUUGGUAAUUCACUUGCAAUUACCACUGAUUACUUCUGUACUUGAUUUUCACAUUUCAUGAAAGCGAAUACAUUUUCAAUAAACCGACCCAAUGGAGGUAAAAGGAAUCCUGUCUAAGGCAGCAGAUAACAGAUGAGAUUAGUAGCCUACCAUCAAUCAGAAACCGAGCUCAAAACUUAC